AUGUCACCGGACAACUUUCAAAAAAGAGGAUUAUUACCUUGGAAUUUAAUAGAAGAACCAGUAGACAAACAUUACUCCCAAGCCAGUCAAGAUCUAGCUGUGUAUAACAUAUUUCGUAAGAAAGAAGGAUUCUUUAUUGAAAUGGGAGCUUACGAUGGUAAGGUUCAUUCCAAUACUUUGUGGUUGGAGAGAAAACAUAAUUGGACAGGAUUAUUGAUAGAAGGAAACCCAGUAUCAUGUCCCUACAUUGACCGCGUCAAACGCAACGCGUGGCGUCUGUGCGUAUGCGUGGCACAUAAAAAUGAAACAACAUUUAUAGAAGGGGACGAAUUAGGGGGUUCUGAAAAAGACAUGGCGGACAGUCAUGUCAUUCAAUUGAAAGGAUACAAAAGGACCAAAGUACCUUGUUUUCAGUUAAUUGACAUUUUACAAUUAAUUGGUGUUUUCCACAUUAAUUACUUUUCGUUGGAUGUUGAAGGAGGAGAAAUAGCGGUGCUAAACAGCAUGAGAGAGCAGUUAAUUUCUAGACAAAUAAUUGUUGAUGUAUGGACCAUUGAAUAUCGAGCUUGGGCAGGACCAAGAUUUGAUUGGGCUAAAGGAAAGGAAAAUCUGGCAAAUUAUCGAGCCUUUUUCAAAGAGAUAGGAGGAUACGCCGAACACUCACAAUUGGCUUACGAGUCACGUACGCUAGAAGAUGGUCACUAUCUUGAUGUUGUAUUUGUAUAUAUAGAGACCUGGUGUAAAGGACACAGUUCACUUCCAAACGGCAAAACAGAAUGUUCAUCAUUACCUCAUUAA